GAGCUGCUUGAGCCGCACACUGGCCACUGUUGUGACGGUGAAACGACGUCUGCAAGCGUCACGUUGACUUUGACAGCGUCGAAACAGUUAGCAGUAGUUAGCGACAGUUGCCCUGUCAAACCAGACGAGGAGUCUCUUUUAUUGACUCUACCUAAGUUUACUUUCAUGUUGACGUUUUUCCAUAACUUUUCACAACAAAUCGUACUUUUAUUUUUUGGAUUGAACUGAAUCAUAGCCUCAGUUUAGCGAACUUUGGCGCUUUUUUUUAAAUUGUAGAAAGUUUAAGAUGCGCUAGGGGAAACCGUGUCGCAAGAGAGGAAUCGCCAAAGAUGACAGAUCCAGCGGAGCAGAGCCAUCACCUGAAAAGUUGUGGCAGGCCAUCAGGUGGGAGCAGCGCCGAAAAGCAUCUCCCUGCCAGCCAGCGUGCAACGCCACACAACGGCACAAGAGGGCGCCAGAGAGGCGAGCAGCAGGACAAGUUGUGGCAUAGUCGAGGCGGGCAGAGGGGGGUGUGCCCCGGCUUGGCUGCCGGAAACGACCGAACCGACUCUCUCCUCGCACCCCAGCCUCAGGGCGAGAACCCCGAAGAUGCAGAAGCGGCUCCACCGCCGCAGGAACCUCCGAACCAAGGCCAGGAGGGGUUGCACGUCGACUCGGACACCGGUCUGGACGCGCGUCUCGGCAGGAAGCGUCACCGACGCCGCGCCGCCAAGAAGAAGCGCCACUGGAAGCCUUACUACAAACUUUCCUGGGAGGAGAGGAAGGCGCUGGAGGAGCGAGAGACGGCCAGGGCGUCCCGCCUGAGGGAGGAGAUGUUCGCCAAGGGGCUCCCGGUGGCCCCCUACAACACCACCCAGUUCCUCAUGGACGAGCACGACCGAGAAGAGCCGGACCUCAACACCGAGACCGGACCCCGGCGCACGGACGACACGGGCAGCGAGGAGGACCUCUUCGAGCACGACGACGACGAGGAUGACGACGGCAGCGGCGGUGGUGGUGGCGGCGGCGGCAGCAGCGACGGCAUCGGCAGGGCCGGCAACGCCGGCGGGGAGUUUCUCCAGCGGGACUUUUCCGAGACCUACGAGAUGUACCACGUCGAGAGCCUGCAGAACAUGACCAAGCAGGAGCUGGUCCAGGAGUACCUGGAGCUGGAGAAGUGCAUGUCCCGUCUGGAGGAGGAGAACAACCGGCUGAGGCGCGCCGUGGAGCCCGGGGGUCUGAGCGUGGAGGGCUCCCUGGUGAGGCUCCGGGAGCUGGAGAGGGAGUUGGAGAGACUGAGGGCCCAAAACACGGAGCUCCUCCUGCAGAGCCGGACCGGGGAGGACCGGGGGCAGGUCACCGGCGACUAGGGACCCCCGUGGAUCAUCGGCCCUUGCCAUGCACUGCAGUAGUUUUUCCUUUUCCGGACGUUCAUUGUCUUACUGAGGAGUUGUAAGUAUUUUGUUUCUGUUUUUGUUUUUGUAAAGACGACAUGGUCUCUUUCAAGUGUCAUUGACAUCCAUUUUCUUUUUCGUUCUUCCUGAAUUGACAAACUGUUUUAUGUUGCAUUUCCUCCAACCUACAAGAAAAAAAAGAGUUAUGACAACACGACAUGAAUCGGGCCAGUUAAAUGUUAACAUUUUACCAGUUGUGUGUUAACAGCCAGUUCAAACUAAAAUAAAUAUUUCCUAAAUUGACUAACUACCUUGUAGUGUGUU